AAGAAAUUACCUGCGGCAUCGUCUGAAAGCAAUGUUGCUGAUUCUUCUGUUGGCAGCGCUUUUCUUGACGGUGUUCUUCAGAGACGGAUUGCGGCAUCACUUCCACGACACGAUGUCACUGUGGAAGUGGAUGAAUUGAAGAGUAACUUGGGCAUAUACUCGAAAGGUAUGGUUUUCCAUGGCUACGUGACAACAUCGAUAGGGGAUCGAGCUGAAGUUGUCGAACUGUUGCAGUCUGUGCCAACGAUCACCAUCGUUUUUCUUGCUUCCAGAGAUUCGGUUCCAAAUAGAGCUGCACGAGUCAUGUCGCCGCGACUAGAGACGGCAGCAAGUUCCCGCUGUGGUCACGGCGGUACCCAACUACCAAACAACACAUGCCUCUGCCAACCGUACACCUCGGGCUUGCAGUGCGAAAAAGUGACAUGUCAAAAUUUCGGACUAAAUGCAAAUGAUCGUUGUGUUUGUGCACCUGGAUACAAUUCCAAUUACUGUGAAAACCGUAAGUAUCUACAAAUGCUUUUGAGUGCUCAGAAGUUUCCGAGAUACUUAGAGAUAGUG